UGGCGUCAUUUCCGCUUUGUAAAGGCGUAUUUUUUCGAAUGGUUUAAAAUAUGUGCGUGAGCUACUAUAACCCUGUGACCAUGACUGUAACAGCUUAAGAAUAUAUAUAUUUUCCUGCUGCUUGUGCUGGACAAUUCAAGCUCGUUGUAACCCCAAUAGCUUGUUGGUGUACACGUUUUAGUUAAGCGAGGCUUACCCCACUUCAGUGCAUCUCGAAGAAAAGGCUGUUGGCGCGCGCGCACUGGCGGUUCGUUUUUGACGUUCAGGGAUCCCCAAAACUAUGCCAGAAAAACCGACGAUGGAGGAUUUAGACGAGCAGUAUAUUCUACUCGAGACUAUAGGUUCAGGCGGUUUCGCAAAGGUAAAGCUUGGCCUCCACAUCCUGACAGGCGAAAAAGUUGCUAUAAAGAUAAUGGACAAACGUUCUCUUGGCGAGGACUUGCCACGAGUGAAGCUGGAGAUAACAGCGCUGAAGGAUCUCAGUCAUCAGAACAUCUGCAAACUCUACCAAGUGAUUGAAACAAGCACCAAAAUAUACCUUGUUCUAGAGUAUUGCCCUGGAGGCGAACUGUUUGACUACAUUGUUGAAAAGGAACGGCUAAGUGAAGGGGAGGCAAGACACUUCUUCAGGCAGAUAGUCUCAGCUGUGGCAUACAUUCAUUCCCAGGGAUACGCACACCGAGAUCUUAAACCGGAAAACCUCCUCCUGGAUGAGAACCACAACCUGAAGCUUAUUGAUUUUGGACUUUGUGCAAGACCUAAGGGGGGAAUGACUACAAACUUGGAGACAUGCUGUGGGAGCCCUGCAUAUGCUGCACCUGAGUUAGUCAUGGGCCAAGAGUAUAUUGGGUCCAUGGUGGAUAUUUGGAGCAUGGGAGUGCUGCUGUAUGCACUGCUAUGUGGAUGCCUUCCCUUUGAUGAUGAGAAUGUAGCUGUCCUGUACAGGAAAAUUCAGCUGGGCGAAUAUGACUGUCCCUUGUGGCUGUCUAGUAGCAGUGUAGAGCUACUGUCUGAAAUGAUGACCGUGGUCCCUGAGAAGCGCAUUUCCAUCACUCAGCUGCUCAAUCAUCCAUGGCUAGUCAAAGGGUAUGGAUGCCCAGUUAGUCCCAAGAGCACGUACCUGUUGUCUGUUCUUGAUGAAGAAGUGGUUACAGAGCUGGCUGUCAGCUGUGGUCGCUCCAAGAGUUCUGUUGCUAUGGAGCUUUCUCAGUGGAGGUAUGACUUCAUGACUGCCACUUACCUGCUGCUCGUCCUGAAGAAAAGUCAGGGCAAGGUUUUGAGGCUUACGUUUCCAGACUCCUACCCCAAGCAAAGGAUGUCAUGCUCGCGCAAGCUGGCCCUGGAUGAGCCCAUCAAAAUCGCACCUCCCGUGUCGCCUCUCCGCAACUCUCUGGAGAAAGGCUUGGACAAUGCUCAACUGUUGACACUGGGCAGCCCUCCACUGAGAGGUGUUGCCAAUGGUGCCUGCACUCAGGACUUAGCAUUAUCAGCCAAGAAAGAGAAUAUCGCACAGUCUGACGAGCCAAUGGAUGUGGACAGCAGUGACAAGGAGAACUUUGCCCAGCCGCGUGUCCCCACCCCGAAGCGAAGGACUUACAAGGCUUUACAAGAGACAUCAGUGCUGGUACCGCACAAUGGCGCCAACGUUACCGGAUCGAGCACGCCGGUCGUCAAAAGUCGUCCUCCCUCGGCUGACGCGGAAUUCCGGCAAAGCCCUCUGCGAACUCCCGACGGCAGCCGGUUGGCGGCGGGAUCGAUGGUCCGAACGCCGGAAGUGUACAAGCUAGCCGAGGGGCCCUCCUUCUCGUGCCGUAGCAGCUCGGCCAAGCGCGUGUUCGGCUCCAUCGAGAAAGGCCUGGACAGGAUGCGCCUGAUGCUGACGCCUCGCCGGAGGCUGGGCGCAGCCGCCGUCGUGCAGGAUGCACCCAGGAAGGUCAAGGUGAUGCAAAACGUCUCUACCAUGCCGGCGGUGCUGACCCCAGAACAGGUGCUGGAUUCCCUGCGCACAGCUCUGCUCUGCAAAGGCAUCAUCUGCAAGCAGAACAGGUACACCCUCCGCGGCAAGGUUCGCGACGAGUGGGGCAAGGUGCAGCUGACGUUCGAGCUGGAGGUGGUCCAAGUGCAGCAGCCCGAGCUGCUGGGAAUUCGCCGAAAGCGCCUCACCGGUGACGCUUGGCACUACAAGCGGGUCUGCGAGGAAGUGCUGAAGAUCAGGGCGGCUUGAGCGAACCCCGUCUGCUGUGUUGCCGGCCACCGUCGGGUGAUGCCAUGCCGCAGCGUCGUCCACUCGUUUCCUUAGUCAAACUCGUGUUGCGCUUUGCCGCUCGCACGUUGUCCGUACUCGGAUGUCAGGGCAGAUGUCGAGCUGGCAUACCUGCGCGGCCUGUGAGUAAAUAAAGCUGAAAACGGGCGUGCCGAGCCACAUCAUCGUCGCUGUUUCUGCGCAGCGGGAGCUUUCUGUAUAGUACAACAGCUGGCGUGGCGGGCCGCAACUUUGUCGUGCAGGCAGGACACAGACUCGCCGCCAUUGUUGCCUUCCUUCCCUGAAGGGACCAGUGCUCUAUAUGGUAGGCAAACGACACACAAACAAAGUGGUUCAAACGUGAUCGCACAACUUGAAAACAAAAGUCACUACGAAUGCACGUGCGUAGUUGCUUUGAACUCUGGCGUGCUAUGACCGCUCCUAGUUAGUAAAAAAGAGCUACCGUCCCAUUAUUUAACGCGCUAUAAUGAGAAUAUUCCUGCUCUAUUGGUCGCGUCUGACGUUUUCAGCUUCCAUUUGGGUUGGUUGCUAUGGCAACUUUCUUGCGAAUUCGUUAAAGUUAAAGGACGCGUAAUAUGCGUCCAGCCUGUUUCUUUUCAAUGCCAUGUCAUUUUGUAGUGGCAGGUUUUAGCCGCAGAUGUAAUAUUAUGAAACAUCUGCUCAAUGAUUGUCCACUGCACAUACAGGUAGCCACUUUUGGUGCAUGCACGAUUACGUUCAUCGGCGGCCAGGUGUGAGGUUAACGUUGGCACCGAGUUUCUCCUGCAGCUCAAGGUGGUGAAAUGGUACCACGUAACGAAUGGGCUACACCAUAUAUAAUACAGCUAGUGCGGCUAACAAAACUGCCUAGUUUCCUAUUUAGCGUCGUACACUUUUGCGCAAAUUUGAGAUACCGCAUUGUAGUGUUGGGUAUUUCAAGCGUUCGUUAAACACUCUGCAUUAGAGCUCAUAUUUUUAUUCGCACUUGCGCGUCCUUUCAAGCUGAAAUUUACUUUUUGGGGCUUUUCUAUUGCUUUAACAAUGUGCCUCCGACAUGGCAUGUCCUUUAACAUGACGCAAGUUUUUGUUCUUUCUUAUUAUUUGUAUUUCGCGUGAAAAAAAAAAUUGGGAGGACCUUAUUAAUUCUCAUGUAUACCAUUUUUUAGAGCCGUUUGCACUUUUACCUGUAAUUAAAAAACGGCAUUUGUAUUUUCGUACAAACUGAGUGUGCGUCGAUUUUUCUAGUAUUAAUCUCCCGCCAGUGUGUUCAUGCUUUUUACGUGAAUCCGCGCUGUCUGCCUGCAGUUGCAGAUGACGGGCGUUUCACGGGCUUUUAUAUCAUUUAUGUUUUGCGUUAGUGUGUGUACGUAUGUCUGCGCUUGCGUGUAUGUACGCAGGUUUACUAAGCAAGAAGCGCGUUGGUGUAAUAUAUAAACAGUUGUUUUGUCGCUUUGCGUCGUGAUGGUGCCUUGUUCCGCGGUUACGUUACAGCGUAUGCGGACAGGGCGAAAUAGUUGCUCAUGAGGGCGAACCAUGUCGCUCGUUGCCUAAUCGUUAACUCUACUGCCAUCUACUUGUGUGCCACGGCAUUGAGAAAAGUUGCGGUGGACAUUGAAGCUGGUUUUCGGGAGCCUCCCCUCCUGCCGCCUUGGACCACUAAACUCCAAUCUAUUUUUUGAAGUUUUAACCUUUUCGCCACUGAGCGAGUAAUAGUCCUAGUCUUAAAGGAUUACAGCCACAUUAUCACUUUCUUCAAUCCCGAAAGUCCUGUCGUACGAACCUUAUGUUUUAUCUUUUGUGUGAAUAAACCUUUUGUGUAAUCUC